GCAUAAAGCUACGUGGGGGCGGGUACAACAGCCUGGCAGCGCAGCAACUUCAAGCACAAAAAAGAGGAUGAAAGCACCUUUGGGAUCUCUUUGCUCCGACUUCUACUCCGGCAUUUGCUGCUGUGAUUAUGGCCUUAAGGACGGCACUCCAGCGCCUGGGACAGCUGCCCCACCUCCGUCUGGAAUCCCUGAGAUUUUCCAGCUCAUCUUUCAGGGCUUCAGAUCUCACCAUUGAGCGCAACAAGUCAACUAAACCCAAACCUGAUCCUUCUUCCCUGGUGUUUGGCGAACACUUCUCUGACCAUAUGCUGACCAUCUACUGGUCAGAGAGCAAGGGGUGGGAUGUACCCCAGAUCAAGCCUUUUGGAAACCUCUCGCUGCACCCUGCCUCCUCUGUACUGCACUAUUCCACAGAGUUGUUUGAAGGAAUGAAGGCAUUCAGAGGCGUGGACAACCACAUUCGCCUCUUUAGGCCCACGCUGAACAUUCAGAGGAUGCUCAGGAGUGCAAAGCGGAGCUGUCUUCCUUUGUUUGACCAAGAUGAGAUGCUGGAGUGCAUUAGAAAGCUGGUGGAGGUUGAUCAGGAGUGGGUCCCUUACAACACUGAUGCCAGUCUGUAUAUUCGUCCCACAUUCAUUGGCACCCAGCCCUCCCUGGGGCUGUCGAAGGCUCGACACGCAAUGCUGUUUGUUAUCGUUAGCCCUGUGGGGCCAUAUUUCUCCACGGGUGGCUUCACUCCAGUGUCUCUGCUCGCAGACCCCCGCUUCAUCAGGUCCUGGAGGGGUGGAGUAGGAGCAUUCAAACUGGGGGGGAAUUACGGUCCUACGAUUGCACUGCAGGAUGAGGCGAAGAAUCAGAACUGCCAGCAGGUGCUGUGGCUAUAUGGGGAUGAGGAGGAGAUCACUGAGGCUGGCACCAUGAACCUCUUCAUGUACUGGAUCAACAAAAGAGGCGAGAAGGAACUGGUGACCCCUCCCCUCGAUGGCAUGAUCCUCCCAGGAGUCACCAGGCAGUCACUGCUGGAUCUGGCCCGAGAAUGGGGCGAGUUUAAGGUGUCAGAGCGUACAGUAAGUAUGAGAGAACUGCUGGAGACGCUGGCGUCUGGACGGAUUCUGGAAGUGUUUGGUGCCGGGACUGCCUGUGUUGUGUGCCCAGUUGGCAGCCUGCUAUAUAAAGGAAAGACUUACAAAAUUCCUACCCCAAAGAAUGGUCCAGCUAUGAGAUUUCACAAAGAGCUUACCGACAUACAGUAUGGAAGGAAGAAGAGCAACUGGACACAGGUGGUUAUUUAGUUGAAUUUCAUAGCUGUCACUCAAGACCAGUGAUGAAGAUAGCCUCCCAGGACUUCAGCUCUAGUUACUGAUGCACAAUCUCUUUUUGUGUGUGUGGAGCACUCGUGUGGGCAGCUAUUGUUUCUCUCAGAACUGUACCAGUAUAGCUGUCUGUCACAUCUUCACUUUUCACUUCAAAGAUGUAGGAGCACUACAAGCAGUGUAAAGAGUAGGGUUCAACUCCACACUUUGUUUGGUUCACAGGAUUGUGUCUGAGCUUGGUUUGUAUUUUUAAAUAAAAAUAUAUUUAAAACAACA